AUGGCAGAGAAAAGACGUGAAAGAGGAGGUGGCAUGAACGUCCAGAAAAGCUUACAAGGGGAUCCUACAACGAUGCUGCAAUCACUAGGGCACGCUAGAUCUUCUUCUACCUCAUUGCUGGCUGAUGUGACGGCACCAGUGAUGAACAAUGACGAUGAAUUGGCCAAAGUACAAAUAUACAAGGACUUAUGCGAAUAUGAAGACGUCCUGGGGCAGUUAGUUGAUGGAGUUGAUAGCUUUAAGCCAGAUGUAUUAGUCGCCAAGAAUUUGAUAAAUGUUGACAAGAAAUUAUUCGAGAGUUUAGAAUCGUUCGCAGAAUAUGAUAGGAUAGAUUCUGAGCUGAAGAGAUUGGAUUUGGAAUCACAAGAGUUAGAAGAAAAAACAAGGGAAAUAUUAGAGACUUUAAAUGACUGCUAUAAUAAACUUAAUACGCUGCCGAUGUUGGAGCAAGUAAAUAUAGAAAAGAAUACGAUCUUGAAACAAAGAGCAAAAAUAAAUUCGACGGUUCUGCUGGAAUACGCAACUAAAUUAUCGAAGUUCACUAAAAUACCACCAACAUUUGAUAAAGGUACAAUAGGUCCGAAUAAUUUCAUAUGGCCAGCUGAAGAUGCGCUGCGGAGGGGUAUGCUUGCUAUGGCUUCGUUGCACACAAAAGAAUUAACCAAGGUUCCGGGUGAAGUAAAGGAGGAAGCGAAACAGGAGGAAGCACAAGGUCCCAACUGGAGCCAGGCCAUGGAUGAGGAUCAAAGUGAAACACAAAAGCAAGAGAAUCCACUUACGGAAAGAAGACAAUCAUAUGUUUUCACUGGGGACGGAGAGGGUUCUCAUGACAGGAGUGAUGAUGCAAUUGAUUUAGAUUUAGAUCUAUUUAAUGCAGACGAAUUUUAA